AUGGAGGUGGCAUUCAACUUCAUUUCUUUCGUCUUCUUUCUUUCUUUUUUCAUUUUACUCCACACACAGUGGAGGAAGAAGGCAAAAACCCGCCGGAAUCUGCCGCCGGGGCCGCCGGAGCUGCCGAUCAUCGGAAACCUGCACGAAUUGAUGUCAGAUUCACAACAACCCACCCACCGUGUCCUGGGAGAGUUGGUAAAAAAAUACGGCUCCCAGGGAAUGAUGAAGCUUCAAAUCGGAGAAAUUUUAGCGGUGGUGGUCUCGUCGCCGGCGGUGGCUAAAGAGUUGCUAAGAACCCACGACCUCACUUUCACGACCAAGACGCAGUCUCUGGCGAGUAAAACACUCUUUUACAAUGGUUUGGGCGUUUCGUUUAGUCCGUACGGUGAUUAUUGGAGACAAUUGAGAAAAAUAUUCGCCAUGGAGCUCCUUAACGCUAAAAUUGUCAGGUCUUUCAGUUCAAUCAGGCGCGAUGAGAUCCAUUGUCUAUUGGCCUAUCUCCAUUCAUCAUCCGGCCAGAUGGUGAAUAUCACAGAGAGAAUCUUCUUACUUAUGUCCUCCAUUAUAUGUAAAUCUGCAUUCGGUGAGGUAUUCAACGGGAGAGAAGAGUUCUUAGAGCAAGUAAAAGAAAUAUCGGAGUUGUUGGGUAAAUUGGAUUUGGCCGGUGUGUUUCCGUCUUGGAAGGUUCUUCACGGCCUGUGCAGCAACAAGAACAGGAUCAUGAAAACUCACCGUAAAGUAGACGCAAUUAUUGAAAACAUCAUAAAAGAGAAGUUGGAAAGUGGCAAUAAGGGAAGGAGUGGUGAUAGUUUAAUUGAUGUCCUCGUAACACAAAUGGAUAGCAGUGGCCUUCAACUGCCCAUCACUCAUGACACCAUCAAAGCCGUAAUUGCGGAUAUGUUUGCAGGAGGGAGUGAGACAUCAACAGCAACAACUGUGUGGGCUAUGUCGGAAAUGAUGAAGAAUCCGAGGGUGAUGGAAAAAGCACAAACAGAGGUGAGAGAAGUGUUUAAAGGGAAAGAAACGUUGGACGAGAAAGACAUUAUUGAACAACUACCAUAUUUGAAGCAAGUUGUCAAAGAAACAUUAAGGUGUCACCCCCCAUUUCCUGUGUUUUCUCCAAGGGAGUGCAGGGAGGAAAGCAUUGUCAAUGGCUACACCAUUCCCCUGGAAACAAAAGUAAUUAUUAAUGCUUGGGCAAUAGGGAGGGAUUCCAAGUAUUGGGAAGAUCCAGAGAGCUUUAUACCCGAGAGAUUUGAGGAGAGUUCAAUUGAUUUUACUGGAAAUCACUUCCAGUAUUUGCCUUUUGGUGCAGGGAGGAGGAUUUGUCCAGGACUUGCAUUUGGUUUUGCAAACUCCAUUUCUCCUUUAGGUCACUUGCUCUUCCACUUUGAUUGGAAGCUCCCUAAUGGAGUUACUGUUGAUUCUUUUGACAUGACGGAGAAACCAGGAUUAUCUGUGGGAAGAAAAACCGAUCUUUGCUUGAUUGCCACACCUCAUAUUGCUUAAUUACCUUUAAAUUCUUUUUUUUUUUGGUCAUCAUGUACCUCCAUUUUCUUCUAGUUUUCCUUUAUUUUUACUCUUCUUUCUUCUCUCGACUAUGUUCUUGGC